AAAAACCAGCUGCCCGCCUCAGUGUGUAACUCUCAGCACGGAGCUGCUCCUCCUCCCCCUGUUCCUCCUAUCCACUCUCUGCUCCUCUUCACAUCAUCUGAUUAACUCAUUCACACACACACACACACAAACACACACUUCGCCUCUUCGCUUGUUGAUUAAAACGAAUUUGUCGUUUUUUUUUAGUGGGACCUUGUGGGACCUAUUUUCUCUCCCGGUGUAUCCGCACGCACUACUUCUACUACCCCCUCGCGCCCAGCAGAGGUGCGAACCGGCAGCGCCUCCACUUUUUUUUGGACUAUGCCCCCAUCCGCCCGCUGAGGGAGGGGGCUCUGCGCUGCUCGGGCUCCCACCUGGACAAACGGCUCUAGCCCAAAUCACACAGGAGGCGGUUCGGUUGUUGCUGAAGAUGCAAGCUUCAACUGUCUCACCUGUGACAGUACCUUCAAACACAAAGACCAAGGAGCAAAUACUCAUCCAGAGUUCGGGGGCAAUGAUCGCUGUCAUCGUCUUGGGAAUCAUCAUUAUUCUCGCCAUUCUCCUGAUAAUCCUGAAGACGUACAACAGGUGGACACAUGAAUCCAGGGUCCUGGGAACCAGAGCGGGCUCCAAACCUCGUCCGAAGAUGUCACAAUCCACAGUUCACAGCGGCAUGCCGCUGAGCCCCGUGGACAUCCACUCUGUGUCGGGGAGCAUCUUCAGCUCAAACCCAGUCUCGGAGAACUCCUUGCCGCUGCACGGAGCGGAGCUCAGCAGCGUGGAGGGAAACCACGUGGAGCAGUUGAGCACCAUCAGUGAAUCCAGUGCAAUCGCCACAAGUGAUUCCACAUCAAUGGCAAACACAUAGCGACCGGACUGUGGUUUUGUCUCACGACUCUCUCCGUCCCCGACCAUGUAUGCUGAAUGCCGACUGAAUCCUGUGGAAACUCCAACGGGGGACAUUUGUGUUGUCACCGUCAAUCUCCACCAACUGAGCCACACUGCCACUACGAUGACACCAAGAUAUACACUUGUGGUGUGGAAAAAUAGACGCUAUGAGCAAAAUGGUACCUUAAACAGACAUGAUGGAUUGCAUGAAGGAUGUUGCAUGAAGCUGAGACUUUAUUGAGAAGAGUUGCUUUUUGGCCACAGUCAGUGUUCAGAGAAUUGACGACAGAGGUUUCUCCCCAAUGGUCUAAUCAGAUCAAUAGUAAAAUAAUGAAGUAAAUAUGUAUUAAACACAGUAAUGGCUUGACUAGAUUGCUCUUAAGUGUAUACAUUUCUGUAUUAAAGAUGACUACAUAUGGUCAUGAGGAAAUGUAGGAUUAACAUACAGCCAGAGAAGACAUAAACAGUAUGAAAUACACUAUCUCAGUGUGUAAUAGUUUGUUUUAAAAUGUAUUGAUAUUACAAACAGCACUCUUUCUAGAUAUGCUUAACCCGGCAUUUCACAGUCUUUGUCUUCUGCUCACAGAUCGUCAGAUUAGUUUUCGUUAAAGAAAUCUUUAAAUUGCCUGUGUGUUUUUUACUUAUAUAUAACCGUAUAACAAAGAGACAAUAGAGAUAUUUUCAGACAUAUGGGUGUCCUUUUAGUCCUUUUUAGUUUGCAACAAAGGAUUUUGCACUUUAUUUCCAUUUCUCUCUGUAUUUGCAUUGUUUGUGAUUCUUUAAAUUAAAUGAGAUGACAAUAAAAUAUUUCAA